UCUGAGCCGGUCGGCGUUUGCGGUCAGAUAAUACCUUGGAACUUCCCUUUAUACAUGUUCUCUUGGAAGAUUGGACCAGCGCUCACGACUGGAAACACUGUGGUGAUUAAGCCUUCUGAGCUGACCCCGCUGACUGCCCUUCACGUGGCCGGACUAUCCAAAGAGGCGGGAUUUCCCGAUGGAGUACUCAACGUAUUGCCCGGAUUUGGCUCCAACGCAGGCGCCGCCAUUGCCGCCCACAUGGACAUUGACAAGAUCGCCUUCACCGGAUCGACGGCAGUGGGAAAGCUCAUUCAAAGCGAGGCAGGCCGCUCCAAUGGAAAGCGAGUCACACUGGAGUGCGGUGGAAAGUCUCCUCUCGUCGUUCUGGACGACGCCGAUCUUGAUUUGGCAGUAAAGUACGCCCAUGAAGGCAUCUUCUUCAACACUGGCCAAUGCUGCUGCGCCUCGUCUCGAGUUUUUGUUCAGGAGAAAAUCUACGACGCUUUCGUGCAAAAGUCCGCCCAGCUGGCUGCCAGUCGUAAAGUGGGCGACCCUUUCAGUGAGGAAAUUCAGAUGGGCCCUCAAAUAGAUUUAAAACAGUUCAAGAAGACUCUGGGGCUAAUUGGCAAGGGCGUAGAGGAAGGUGCCAAGCUGGAGGCUGGCGGAGAGAAGGCCGCCGAUGUGGGCUACUUUGUGAAACCCACGGUUUUCUCCAAUGUCACCGACGACAUGACCAUUGCCAAGGAGGAGAUUUUCGGCCCAGUUCAGUCGAUUCUCAAGUUCAAAACCUUUGAAGAGGCCAUAGAUCGAGGCAACAACAAUCCGUAUGGUCUGGCUUCGGGUAUCUUUACCAAGGAUCUAGAGAAGGCAAUUCAGUUUUCCCAGCUCAGCCAAGCUGGCUCGGUGUGGGUGAACACUUACUUAGCUCUUACCUCUCAACUUCCGUUUGGUGGGUUUAAACAGUCUGGCUUUGGACGCGAAAAUGGUGAAGACGGCCUUCACGAGUACCUGGAGACUAAAACAGUGGCAAUUGCGAUCAGCCAGAAGCACUCCUAA